CAGUGUAUGAAAGUGCUUUCAAAGUGCUUACAAUAAUAGUAAACUUUGAUACGCAUAUUGUUUUGAAAGUUAAAACUUUCUCUAGAAUUUUGGUGAGGUAGCUAAUGUCUGCAACAGGAUAAAUAUUGUCCUACAAGAUGUUGUCUUUCAAAUUUAUGCUCGUUUUAUUUCUUGGAUAUAUUCGACGUUCUUCAUGUUUACCUAGUAGUGAGCCAAAAGCGUGCUACAACAAGUUUGAAUACGAAUAUAACGUUUUGCAGAAACUAGUUGUCCUUGAAGAAAAGAUGAAAGAAAUAAACAUGACAAAUAGUGAACUAAAGCAGGAACUUAAUAGUGCCAGUGAGACCAUUAACGAGUUGAAGAGUAAAUUGGUUAGGGCUGAACGGUCUUUCGAUGGUUCUACAUAUACCCGAUGGGGACGAACAGUUUGUCCUACAGGCGCUACACUUGUCUACGAUGGCUACGUCGCUGGAGGCCACUACACGCACACGGGAUCCGGUGUCAAUUACUUAUGCUUACCUAAGGACCCAACAUGGGGUCGGUAUAUAGGCGGUUUUCAAACGGCUGAUAGAAUUUACGGUACUGAAUAUUACACGGCCGAUUACCCAUACUCAAAAAAUCUGAAUUAUCAGGAUGUACCAUGUGCAGUUUGCAGGAUUCCACGCAAUAAUGUUCUGAUGAUUCCGGGGAGAAACAAAUGCCACAAAGAUUACAUUUUAGAAUACAGUGGAUACCUAAUGGGUGGACAUUAUAGUCAUGCUGGUGCGUCGGAAUAUGUCUGCGUUGAUGACCACCCUGAAACACUGGAAGCUGGACGGGAUGUUAGAGAUGAAAAAUAUUUUUAUUAUGUCCAGGCUGCAUGUGGUGGACUGAAAUGUCCUCCUUAUGUUGACACAAGAGAACUGACGUGUGCCGUCUGCUCUUUUUCCCCAGCUGAGACAAAAUCUAUCCUUAAUUUGUAAAUAUAAUAGUAAAUAGUUACUGUAUUAUACAAUGACAGGUAGCUAAUAUUGAUAUUUCUGUACUAUUCCUUUUUCCGCGAUGUAAAAAGAAUG